AUGCUCGUUAAUGUUCUUCUUCUUUCAGCGGCUCUUGGCGACAGCAUUUCGUUCAACCGAGGGCUGAACAACGCUCGGACGCACUCCUUCCGAAUGUACCACAGCCAACUUGAUGAAGGAUGGCCAGUCUUUCCUAAGGUUACGGUCCACUGCGACAACAACUGCGACGAGGAAUUAAUGAGCUACCUUGGCCGAUUCAUGAUAGUAAACAAAGUCGACGAACCAAAAGAUCUUGAAAAAGUUCGUCGUCGACUCUCUUACGUGAAUUAUCUAGGCGGUGCUUAG